CCUUCAGACCCACGCCGAAAUGCGCGUCCUUUUCAAAUUUUUCACACAUUUCGGCAAGCCUUUCUUCAGAGAGUUUGUUACUUAUACAGAGCGAGUUUUAAGGUUUGUUUGCCUAUUCCCACUGCAAGAAAAGAUGGAAAGAAAUUCAAGGAAAAGAAGUGCUCCAGCGCGUCUAAGAGAAGAACUUUGGUACCUUGUAAAAUAUGAGGAUGAUGAAAAUUUGAGAGUGCUUGCUGAAGAGGAAGUUCGACACAUCUUCCCUGACGACGAAGAAGACAAUGAAAUGCAAGUUGGGGAUAUCGUUAAUGCUUUGUGGAUCCCCAAUGGUAAAUACUAUGAUGCCAAGAUACUAAACAAAGGGGCGGAUAAGAACGAGCUUAUGAAGGAGAGGAUGCAAUUAGAAAAAGAAAAGAAGAAUGGAAACAAAGGACAGGAGCCCAAAGCACAGAAAAAAAGAAAGCAUCCUGAAGGAGACAAGGAAAACCAGAAAAAGAAAAAGAAGCAGGAGUCAACAGAGAGUGCUAAAGAAAAGGAGCAGGCUGUCCAAAACAAGGAAGAGAAAAGGAAGAAGAAAGAACAGGAGCAAGAAAGACAGAAGAUGAUGCUGGAAGCAAGAAAGGCCCAGGCUAUAAGUCGAUGGGUUGCUUCUACAACAGCAACUACACACAAUGAUGAGGUUACAAUUGUAAAUGAUUCACCCAGCGUCACUUUCACACCCCAACCACUUCGCCAAGCCAACUCUUCGAACCAGUCACCAAUGACUCCAGCUCGCAUCGCUUACACAUCAGGCAGAACCCCAAGCACAACUCCUGAGUCAAUGCGAUCAACCAUACAAGAAUCUUCAGUAGCCAACCUAACUGUGCCUGGAAGUUCUACUGGUACCAAAUCAUUCACCAGAACCCCAAACACCAGUGUUAUCUCCACUCCAGGAUCAGUGCAAUCGAAGCAGAGCUCUUCAGCUGCUAACCCAAAGCCAGCUGCUACUAAAACAAAGGGAACCCGUGAGCCCAAGAGAGGUCUUCAUUUUCAAAGUGCCAUUGCAGACAACAGUGAUGAUGAAAUGGAGGAGGAGGUGGUGGGGGAACAAAUCCUUGAGGAUGCUGAUGCUUUUAGUAGUGACUGCUGUAAAGAACAGAGGAUGGAGAUAAAAGCGUUAAGGAAGCGGCUGGAGAAAGUGCACAAGAGACUCAACAUAGCAUUAAAAUCAAAGACAUCUGCAGAAGUUAUAAACAACAGACCAGGAGCUGGAGUAGUGGACAGCACAUUGGCUGCUGAAUACAAGAUGGUAGAGGUCAUGGAGGGAUCCAGUGUCUUCUGGUACCCUCACCAACGGGCCUACUGUUCUGCGUUCAAGUCCUGGUCCGGAUAUGUCAACGCUGUUGUUGACAUAUUCUUCACCAAAGAAACACUUGCAAUUUCAAGUGCAAGGGGAAGUGAUAGAAAAGGCAAAAGCGGUGAUGCAAACAUUCCGUUGACCCCCCUCAUCGUUGAUGCCCUUGUUGGUAAAGUCUGUUCAAAGUUUUCAAAGGACUCUCCUCAACCGAGCCAAAUCAUACAGAAGAUAAACAUGAAAUGUGUGGAAGCUAGAAGGCCCCCAAGAGUACGAGAGCAACGAGCAGAAUGAACACUUUUUAUAAUUACUGUAAAACUGUUUAACUUCAAGAGUUUACCAAUUUCAUUAUGUUGACCACAAAGAAAAUUUCUGUUUGAUAAUGUUGACCAAAAUA